CAAUUUGAAAAGAAUCAACAUUUGUUACCAAUUUUCCCAAGAUUUUGCGCGUUUAGUGACACAGAAUCAAUGAGAGCAGUCGGUGACCUCCUCUUCAUUCCAUCUUCAUAUUCGUUUCUUCCCUCAAAAUUAGCUACUUUAUCACCUUUGCCCAAAUCUGGAUCUGGGUUUCUUCGAAAAUACGAUCUUUUCACUUUCUUCCCCCCCAAAAAAAGCACAACCAAGACGGAAUUCUCUAAGGGGGGAAGAAAAGACAGGGAAGGGAAGAAUGUAUGCCAUUAGAGACAAGGUUUACGAUAAGUUAUCGAGUUUCUUUUCCGAUUCGCAAACGUCUAUUGAGGCGGUAGAUCAAGAUUCUGAGGCCAGGUCACAUCCUAAGGAUGGAAAAUCGCCGUCUUCUAUGCUUUCUUUUCUCCCCUCGGCCAGUUUCAGCUGGUACAGACCAAAUGAGCAUACUGACGGAGUUGCAUCUACUGGAUCAAAAUCUUUCCAAUGGAGAAGUAAAAGUUUUUCAUUGAAAGAUAAGCCCUUGGAUAGGACAGAAAGCUACGAUGAUUUUGAAAAUGAAAAUAGUGGACAUGGCUCGGUGAGGACCCACAAUCAUAAUCAUGAUUCGUUUGGCAGCCAAAAUUCAGUACCUGAUUCCGGGAGAAGCACCAGUAGUGGCUCUGAUAUAUUUGAAGAUGUUUUUACGCCACAUAGUUUCGAGAAGUCCAUGCCCAGCUUUAUAGAUGAAUCUCUGUUCAUCUCUCCAGAUUUAUAUAAUUUCUUCGAGGCGUCACUACCUAACAUCGUUAAAGGUUGUCAAUGGGUUAUGUUGUACAGUACGGCAAAACAUGGUAUAUCACUAAACACACUUAUCCGAAAGAGUACUGAUCUUCCUGGUCCACUGCUGUUGAUCACUGGAGACAAGCAGGGUGCUGUAUUCGGUGGCUUAUUUGACCGCCCUUUGAAGGUUACUUCAAAAAGAAAAUAUCAAGGAACAAAUCAAAGUUUUGUUUUCACGACUCGAUAUGGCGAACCAAGGCUAUUCAGAGCAACUGGUGCAAACAGAUACUUCUAUUUGUGCUUGAAUGAUUUGAUUGCUUUCGGUGGAGGUGCAAGCUUUGCUCUGUGCUUGAACGAAGAUCUAUUAUCUGGAACCAGUGGCCCUUGUGAAACAUUUGGGAACUCGUGUUUAGCUCAUGAUCAAGAGUUUGUAUUGAAGGAUGUUGAGGUACUCUUUUCUAUUUUCCCCUUCAUAACUUGUAUUUCCAAUUGGGAAUUGAAAGAACUAUUGAUAAAUGUAGUAUUUUACAAAAAAUAAUCACGUUACUUUUAUAUUCAAAAGUAUAUAUAGGUUUUGCUAACCCUUAUUCUUGUUCCUCUCGCAGCUGUGGGGUUUUACGCACGCAUCUCAAUACCUUACAUGAAGCAAAAGAUUACAGUUUGUUAUUGUGUUAUAACUUUAUAUAAUGGGGUUAUUUGAAAGACCAAUUCUUUCAUUUUAAUUUAUUUUUUAUUUCACUAAACAUGUACGCAUGUAUGUAUGGUGAUGGUUCAUUGGUUGGUUGAAAUUAUAUUCAAUAUUUAUCUAA